AUGUGGAAGCCCAAAGGAAGUUUGGACCUGAUUGCGCUGGACAAUGACUACUUCCUUGUGCGGAUUGGAUCAAUCGAGGACAUGAAGUUUGCGAUGUACGAGGGCCCAUGGAUGGUUUUAGAUCAUUAUUUGAUCGUGAAGCCUUGGGAACCGGAUUUUGAUCCAAUGAACGAUACCACAGAGAAACUGCUUGUCUGGGUAAGAAUUCCAUGUAUACCUGUGGAGUAUUAUGAUCUUAUUUUUCUUAAGAAACUCGGGAAUCGCAUUAGAAGGACAGUCCGAGACGACCAAGCCACCAGCCUUGUUUCCCGUGGGAAGUUUACUCGGAUAUGUAUCGAGAUUGAUAUGAGAAAGCCUUUGAUUUCAAAGUUCACGUACAAGGAGAAGGUAAGGCAAGUGGCGUAUGAAGGCAUACACCUGGUAUGUUUCUCUUGUGGUCUUUAUGGACAUGCAAAGGAUGCAUGCCCUUUGCGUCGUAAGCCGACAGCUGAGCAAGGCGACGGCUUGGCGGUUGCAGAGGCAACUCCAAUUGCAGCCGACGGCGAGCAGGUUUCCACUACGACGAAGGAGGCUGCGGAUCCUACGAUCCCUUUUGGGGUUUGA